AUGGCCAAUAAAGCGAGCAGAAAACGACCGUCAAAUGACGUCGCGGGCCCUUCGAAGAAACGGAAAUUCUCCAAGGAAACGUCGAAAGAUCGCGUCAAAGGCAAAGCAAAGGCUCCAAAGCAGGAAAGGCUUGCGGACAGAGGGGUUAUACCCAUUCCGGUCGACGACGAAGAAGAUGUUGAACUCUCAGACGAGGACAUGGAGAUGCUCGACGAGUUUGGUGAAUCUCUGGGCUUCUUACAGAAACUUGAUAAGAAAGGAAUAGCAAGGAGCAAGAAAGAAACGCAAAGAUUGAACGAGUUAACCAAACCUGUUCGACAAGCACCGAAGGUGGACGGUCUCCCCCCAAUAGAUUCCAACGACGAAGACUCGGAUGAUUGGAGCUCAGGUGUAGAAAUGGAUUCGGACCUCGACGACGAUGACAUCUCUCUAUCGGAUGACGACGCAGGCGACUUUUCCGAUUCAGACCAGGAAAUGCCAUACGAGCUCAAACCAAGAGUGGUCAAGGUCAAGGAUGACCCCAAGGAACGUGAAGUACAGCGGUUGCCCAUCAAGCUGCCGGAUGGAAAAGUCAAAAGCAGUGGGACUCGGGCGGUUCUUACAGACGGGUCCGAGGAUGAAGAGAGCGAAGAGGAAUCCGAGAUAGAGGGACCUGCUCCCAUAAAGAUCGAGGACGGCUCGACUGGGGCAAGGUUUGGUAGGCCGGCCGUGGCAGACGUACUGAAAACGUCGUCGAGGAAGCUAAGAGUCCAACUAGCCAAGGAACAGAUUGCUGGAAUAUGCAAUGACAUCCUCGCUGAUCCAGAAAACAGUUUGGUCCUUUUGAAACGGCUGCAUUCGUUUGCGCUCUCAGAGUUGACAGUUCCUGGCGAAACGAAACCUGUCCCCAACGAUGAUGUAGUACGGAAGUUGGCCAUCCUCUCCCAACUAGCUGUAUUCAAGGAUAUCAUUCCUGGGUAUCGGAUACGUGCAUUGACGGACAAGGAGAAGACGGAAAAGGUUAGCCAGAUGGUGGCACGUACUCGUGAAUGGGAACAGGGCCUAGUGUCCGUAUACCAAAACUACCUACGUCUCUUGGACGGCGAAAUCAAAGCUCGCUCACCUCUGGCGGACGCCGCUAUCCAUUGCAUGUGCAUCCUGCUAGCGGAGGUCACGCACUUCAACUUUCGCCAAAACCUUAUGGCAUGUAUUGUUGCCAGGUUAAGUAAACGCUCCUGGGACGAGACUUCAGAGCGCUGCUUGAACACGCUCAACAGUGUUUUUCGCGCGGAUCAAACUGGAGAGGCGUCCUUGGAAAUUGUACGCAUUCUGAACCGUAUGGUCAAGGAGCGAAGGUUCAAAAUCCACCCCAAUGUCCUUUCCUGCCUCCUCAAUCUUCGCCUACGGACCGAACUAAACGUCCGAGCCUCUCAAACCACCGCCGAGGUGCCCGAUUCAAAGGAAAAAAAGAAACGGAAGAAAAAGUCCGACCAGCCACAUCUGAGCAAGAAGGCCAAAAAGAUGUUAAAGGAGAGGAAGGAGAUCGAAAAGGAGAUGCGGGAAGCUGAAGCUGAGGUGGACAAGGAGGCUCGGUCAGUUACGCACACGGAAACUCUAAAAUUGCUCUUCGUGUUAUACUUCCGUAUAUUGAAGCAUCCGACGCCAUCUCCCCUUUUGCCAGCAGCGCUGUCCGGCAUCGCCAAAUUUGCCCAUUUGGUCAACAUCGAUUUUUUCAGAGACCUUAUGAAGGUUUUGAAGGAGUUGAUGGCCACUGGCACUGCGGAGGACGACACAUCGGAUGCUGAGCUCGCCGCCGCACCUCUCGGAGACGACAAGAGGACGUGCCACCGCCUGUUAUGCAUCAGCACGGCGUUCGAAUUGCUCUCAGGUCAAGGUGAAGCGCUGAAUAUAGAUCUGUCUGACUUUAUUUCAGAGCUUUACGCUAUGUUGCUUCCGCUGAGCUUGCUCCCAAACAUCGAUGCACCCCAUUCCGGCAUUUCCGUCCCCAAGAUCAGACCGAGCAGUGCGGACCAGCAAGCGCCGUCGAUAGCAGAUCUCCUUUUCAACACCCUCAAUAUAGUCUUCUCUCCGCGAAGUCCUGGGUCCAGCGGCUUGGGUAGUCCGCCCUGGCGUGCCGCAGCAUUCGCGAAGCGGCUGCUGAUUGCUUCACUGCACUGGCCCCCGGCAGUCAGCUUGCGGGCUCUGAGCUUUGUUCGAGCGCUUGUGGCGAGGCACCCCAAGCUGGAGGGGCUACUUUCGACGGAAGACCGAACUCAUAACGGCAUCUACCGUGCCGACGUCGAUGACCCGCAACUCUGCCACGCGCUCGAAUCUUCCUUCUACGAGCUUCACUUGCUGCAGAAAGCUCAUAUCAACCCGCGGGUCGGCGAGGAAGCGAGAAGGAUAUUGGACUACUCAUCGUGA